CCCAUGUGUCCCUUUUGCUGAAAGCACCGUCGCUCCUUUUUCUCGUGCUUUGCACUUUCGCUGCUUUUGCUUCUACACUCCUUCACUUAGACCAAUCGAUCUAUAUCUAGCACAUUCGCUUUCUCCCAAUCAUUCUCACGAAACCAUAGAUUAAUUUUUCUAAUCGUCACUCCUUUCAGCUGUUGAGACAAUGCAUUUCUUUAGAACCUUGCUUGCAGCCGCUGCUCUGAUUGCUUCCACUGUUGCUCAGGGUGAAUUGGCGUUCACAUCUUUCCCAAGUGAUGUCCAGGUUGGCAAGCCAGUGACUGUGACAUGGGCUGGCGGCGACGCGACAAAGCCUGUCACUAUCAAAUUGCGAAAAGGACCUAGUGAUGACCUCAAGGAUAUUGCUGUUUUGACCUCUUCUGCUACUGGAGGAAGCUAUACUUGGACCCCUUCGUCCUCGCUUGUCGACGGCGAUGACUAUGCUCUCCAGAUUAAUCAGGGCUCCGACAUCAAUUAUACCAACCUUUUCUCCAUUUCGGGUGGUUCCGGCAGUGCUAUUCCAUCCACAGACUCCGCAACUUUGAGUGCAACCCCCUAUUCUUCUACCUUUGCCACGUCCACUACGAUUCAGCUCACCACUGGUGUCACCACUUCGCAUAUCAGUAGGGGUACAAGCCUGAGCAUUUCCCGGAACGCGACCAUCAGCACCCCUGCUCUUAGCAGCACGAGGGCUGUUACCCUGACUCCAACUGCUGCUCCGACGGAAUCUGAACCUUCUGCUCCCACAUCCACUCCAAAUGCCGCCCCGGCCAUUCUGUCCAGACCUGUUGCUCUUGCGCUUGGUGGCCUUGCCGCAUUUGUUUAUUUAAACUAGGAAUUAUGUAGUCGAUUUUGUUUCCUCCUACUCCCAGAGUAGUGUUACUUUUAUUUUAUUUCGUUUUAUCUCUGUUAUGAUAUACCUCUUUGUCAAUGGCUAUUUUCGCGAGAAACUGUGCUAAAUGGGGCUUAUUUAUGGAUUGUGAUCACUUACUUGUUUUAUUGAAAAUGAAGGGGAUGGAAACUCCCUCUUUGGGCUUUCGCUUUGCGGUGUUUUAUUU